UUAGGUGUUGAUUUUAAAGUGAAGAAAAUGGUGGUAGACGGCCACGCAGUACAGCUUGCAAUAUGGGACACAGCAGGACAGGAGCGCUUUAGAACGCUGACUCCCAGUUAUUACCGAGGAGCUCAAGGAGUUGUUUUAGUGUAUGAUGUUACAAGAAAAGACACUUUCGCAGGACUAGAGAGCUGGCUGAACGAGCUGGAAAUGUAUACCACCAAAAGCAACACUGUGAAGAUGUUAAUUGGCAAUAAAACUGAUAAGCCUGAUCGUGAAGUAGAGAGAAGAGAAGGACUCCAGUUUGCUAGGAAACGCUCUCUGCUUUUUAUAGAGACCAGCGCCAAGACGCAGGAUGGAGUGCAACAUGCCUUUGAGGAACUAGUCAUAAAGAUCAUGCAGACACCAGGUCUUUGGGACAGAAGCACAGAGAAGCUGAAGUUAAUGGAAUCUUCAGCACAGCAGGACAAAACCUUACGUGGUGCAUGCUGUCCACUUUCUUAA